GUUUUAUAGGAAAAAAAGAAAAAUCGAAACUCGCCAUUGUAGUAUAUUGAGUGAAUUUGAGCCAUUGCAACGAAAACGGUUUUCUGCCUUGGGUCUUAUGUGAAGUGUGGUUAUUCUGUGUGUGCUUUAUAUUUGGAAAAAGUGCAAAUUUCAGUGUUUUUGCGUUUUGUGUGAUAAUGGCAACGGCGCUCCCGCCGUCGCCCGCGUGAACGAGUGAGACUCUUGUGCAGCGAACGACCCGGGCCAGCCGCCUCACGCGUCACCCGACCACGAUGAAAAUGGUGUUGUCACAACGGCAACGAGAGGAGCUAAACAAAGCUAUCGCUGAUUACUUGGGCAGCAAUGGGUAUACGGACGCGCUGGAGGCGUUCAAAAAGGAGGCCGAAAUGACCGGCGAAAUAGACCGCAAGAUCGGCGGCCUACUGGAGAAGAAAUGGACUUCCGUAAUAAGGCUCCAAAAGAAGGUGAUGGAAUUAGAAUCGAAGCUCUCCGAAGCUCAAAAGGAAUUUAUGGAAGGCGCGCCCGCUCGCGGCAAGCGCACGCCAGCCGAGUGGAUACCCCGGCCGCCGGAGAAGUUCUGUCUAACCGGACACCGGGCUACUAUUACUAAAGUAGUAUUUCAUCCAGUGUUCAGUUUGAUGGUGUCGUCGAGCGAGGACGCCACUAUCCGAGUGUGGGAGUUUGAGAGUGGCACAUACGAACGAACCCUCAAGGGGCACACCGAUUCCGUACAGGACAUCGCAUUCGAUCAUCAUGGCAAGCUACUAGUAUCAUGCAGCGCCGACAUGUCGAUAAAGUUGUGGGACUUUAACCAGACGUUCGAGUGCAUAAAGACAAUGCACGGCCACGAGCACAAUGUGUCCUCUGUCGCGUUCUCCCCCAGCGGCGACCUCGUCUACUCCGCCAGCAGGGAUAAGACUAUCAAGGCCUGGGAUGUCGCCACUGGGUACUGUGUGAAGACGUUCAAGGGUCACCGUGAGUGGGUGCGUAUGGUGCGUGUGUCGGCAGACGGAGCACUGCUCGCUUCCUGCUCCAACGACCAGACUGUGCGCAUCUGGAGCACCGAUAACAACGCUAACGAAUGCAAAAUGGAGCUGAGAGAGCACGAGCACGUGGUAGAGUGCGUGGCCUGGGCGCCUGAGGCAGCCGCCGCGGCCAUUAACGAAGCCGCCGGCGGCGACAACCGCCGCGCCAACCACGCCGGACCCUUCCUCGCUAGUGGCUCCCGCGACAAGACCGUCAAAAUCUGGGACGUGAGCACGGGUCAGUGCCUGGCGACGCUGGUGGGGCACGACAACUGGGUGCGCGGUGCGGCCUGGCACCCCGGCGGCCGCUACCUGCUCACCGCCUCCGACGACAAGACGCUGCGCGUGUGGGACGUCGCACACACGCGCUGCCUCAAGACGCUCUAUGCGCAUCAGCACUUCGCCACCAGCCUCGAUUUCCACAGGAGCUUGCCAUACGUGAUCUCGGGCAGCGUCGAUCUGACCGUCAAAGUUUGGGAGUGUCGCUAAGAGCAUUGCCAUUUUAGUAACUUAAACUCACCGAUGAUAUCUUUAUCAUUAUUUUUCACAAUAUUGCUGCAAUGAGAACGUUAUGAGUUUCGAUUUUAAUGUUUUAAAAUAAUUUUAGAAAGGAUAAAAAUAGUUUUGAUAAUUUAUUCAAAUUUUGUCCUUUAGCUCAUUGUGCUCGGUGGUGUACUUGGCUGUGCUAUGUCACCGUCACCUUCUAUCAUCUUCCAUAUGGAAAUUUUAUUAGUUUGUUACAUUCCAUUAAAAUAUAACAGCUUUUUAGAUGUUUGUUAAUUUAACAUUUUGUAAUGCGACACAAGGCUAGUUCUGCUGUAUGUAUAAUGCCAGUGACAUAGCAAGUCUCGUACUCCACUGUGACGAUGAAGUGAGGAGUUGAAAGCUGUGUUAUAAUUUAACAUUUCAUUAUUCUGUUUUAUUUUAUAGUUAUUGUUUAUUCGUAAGAGCGUUUAGAUGUAAUUUUUAUUUCGUACGAAUAGUUAAUACUUUUUCUUAUACGGUCAGCUCUUGAAAACCUUGUACCUUGAUUUGUUUAUGGAUAAUUUAGUGUUAUUACAUUUUAUAUUGAUGAUUAUUCAUGACAAUCAAAAUAAAAUUUGAUAAAAAUUAGUCAUUUUUACGCGAAUCACAUGUUCAUUAAAAUCUUAUUGUAAAUAUGAAUGCUUGGGAUUGUCUCCAUUCGAUUCGAUCCUCAUUAUGUUUGUUUGCUUGAAGGCCAACAACAUUAAUGUAUAUCACCUGGAGACACGAGCUCAUUGCAUAUUACUCAAUACUAUAGAGUUGAAACUGUCGGUGGAGCUUCGCGCUUUGGUUUUUAACGGAUAGCUUUUUAAUAGCGACUUAUUUUAAGUUUUGGUUGAAUCAAAACUUUAACUAUAAGUUAGAGUGUUAUAUUUUCAAAGUUUUUUUUUAACUAUUUAUUUACCAGCAUUUAGUUUAAAUGUCUCAAACGAAAUUCACUAUAAGCCGAUAAUACUAGAAUUAUUAUUUUGCAACAGUUUAAUUUUAAAUACUAUCUUUUAUAUCAUACUAGAAAUUUACAUAAAUUGAAGUGUGUGAUAUAAUUAGUAAUAUGUUUUAAUGUCGCUCCUUUCUAAGGUAGCUAGUUGCAACUUUGAUAUAACUCUGUUCUUAACAUUAGUUAUUUAUUUAUGAGAUGGAGAAGUUUGGUUGCCUGGUAAUGUUAGGUAUAGAGAUAGUCGAGUAUGGUCAUAAGUAGAUGCUUUGCAGUGCUAACAUGUGAGAACUACAGGAGUAUUUGCAGCGGUGCCAUGCAUGACAAAAGCGAUACUGGAAUAACUCUAAUGAAUGCUGAAGUCAGAAUGUCAUAGAUUGUAUGGAAUUUUCUAUAAUAUUUAGUCUUUUCUUCCACUUUAAUAGAAUUUUUAUACCGAUAUAGUGGCACCGCAUAAUAAUUGCUUAAUCUAUGUAUAUUGGGUAAUAGUGAUCAAGGAGAUUAUAUUAUAAUUAGAAAUACUUUCUUGCUAUCUCAUAUGAUUUGAAGUCAGUACUUAUUAAUAUUUAGAUAACUGUUUAUGAAAAGUGUUUAUGGCUUUUAUAGAUUUUCAAGACUGCAUUAUCUGCUUGCAAUGCUUACAAAUUAUUAGUAGGUGUUUCUGUAGCUGUUUCGAUGCAAUACGAAUCUUUGAAUGUUUCUAAUUUCGUUUUUCUUCGCACUUGAAGAGAUAUCGUAUAAUCUCCUUGAGUGAAAUUAGAGGGAAGUCUUAUGUUUAAAGCUUGCAAACUAUAAUGUAAUUUAAACAAGAAUAAGAAAUUUGUAUUACGAUUAUUAAUAGUAUUUGCACUCAUGCCAACAUUAUUGCUUAAAUUAAUAUUAAUAUGUGUAUCCGAACAAAAUCCUCCGACAACAGACAAGAUCUACCGCAACCAGUUCACUGAGCCCACAUACACGAGGAUUUUGUACAUACAGCAUGUAAUCACUGUUUUUGUCAACUUUAUAUAGAAAGUUACAACCAAAAUUUAAUAGGAUUUGGUCUAAUAUUUUCUGUAAAUAAAUCAAUUAAAUAUAUAAUUUA